AUGGAUAGGAUAUUAGGCCUGCAGAAGAUAUUUUCUAAAGAGUAUCAAGACUCAAGUCUUACUGAUCUACUACUCAGUUUAAAAAACUUGUUUUCAGACAAAAACUGUAUGAAUAAUAGUAGUAAGGAGUCAUUUGAUCUGGAUAUUAUUAAUAGAAAUUAUUUUGAAGAAGUAAAACAAGUUGAAUCUUUACCAAAUGUUACUGUUUAUUUUGGUAAAACAUUAACAGAACUGAAAUUUGUUAUUAUAGACGAUGAUGGUGUGAGGGAACAUGAAAUUAAUUUGAAAUAUAAAGGUGUACAAAAAUAUGUAAUUACCUCGGUUAAUUUACCUCAUUCACCAUAUCAGGACAAGGUUUUUAACUCCAUAAAUGAAAUUUUACACAUUUUUAGAGAUCAUGUGAAUAGUCUAAGUAAUUAUUUUAGAGAGUUAGAGCGUAUUGAUCAGUUUUGUUCUGUUGUAGAACCCUUAAAUCCUACCUUUAAAGAUGACUACAGAAAAAUAUUUCUCGAUAAUAGGACAUGGCUCCAUGUUACUGUAACUCCAGAUGGAACAGCAACAAAUAUUCAUCUCAUAGGUCAGUCAGAAUUUUGGCAUGAUAAAUUGCAAUCAGGCCUUUUGUCUUGGGAUCAUGAUAAGGACAUUGUUGACAAUAUUAUGAUCAUAUUUGAUUUACCUAAUGUAUUAUCAGCAGUACAUGAAGGGAAUCCAUCAAAAUAUGUUUCAUCAGAAGAGGAUAAACAAAUGUGUGGAAUUUGUUUAUGUAAUGAAUUGCCAGAUAAUCCAGGUGUACCCCAGCCACUGUGUCAGAACACUGCCUGUGGUGUUUUCUUUCAUAGAAGUUGCUUAUAUGAGUGGCUUGUCGCUUGCACUGGAGGUCGUCCACCAACAUUUGGAGUUGCUACUGGUAGCUGUCCAACAUGUUUUCACCCAAUUGCAUGUAGUGAAAAAGAAGAUUAA